AAUCGUUGCUGAUUUUAGAGCCUUCAUUGUUAAAUUGGGGUGCUCGCUCCUCCUAAUAACGAUGAAGCUGCCGCCCUCUAUCUCCCACAUCUCCACGCCUCAACCAAGAGACGGAAUUAUUGUCAAAUCCAAUAAUAUUUGGCAUGAACAGAGGACUUGCAGUUUUGCAAUAUAUUUUCCCCAGUUUGGUGGGAUCCAGCCGUAGCUUCAAGCAGACUUGUUAUUGUUGGAAUAGGAGACGGAGGUGUCGGAAACGCGAGUGGGCGUUUACUGCUGGAACCUCAAGGUCACAUGACCUAUCCAUGUGGAUAAAGCAAGGUGAAGCACCAUGUCAUCAUGUGUCACAAGCAGAUCUGCUGCCAAAAGGCCUGCAAGCAGAAAUGAGCCAUGUGCUAACAACAAAGAGCAGUCAGAUAUUAGUUGUAGUCUGUCAUCCCUAACUAUUGACUUAGGCAUGGAGUCUUUCAUCAUUGUGACUGAAUAUGACCAGAGUACCACAGGCAGUGACCUAGGACAAAAUGGGGAAGGAAUACCUGAAGAUGAACCUAUGCAAGAGAAUAACGAAUUGGACAGAUCAUCAUGCGAUAAGGCUUUGGGACGAUUAGAAAGAGCUCAAUCUGAAGAUAUUCGACAACCUAGAAUAAAACUAAGUAUGUCCAAUCGGAAGCUAUCUCUUCAAGAAAAGUCCAAUUUGACUCAAUCAUCUGCCAGCAGUUCAGCCAUUAAUGGACGUUAUAUAUAUCCUUCUUUGCCAUAUUCUCCAAUUACAUCACCACAUUCUUCUCCUCGGUUGCCUCGUCGCCCAACAGUGGAAUCUCAUAGAGUAUCUAUUACAGAUCUACAGGACUGUGUGCAGUUAAACCAGUACAAAUUAAAAGAUGAAAUUGGAAAGGGUUCCUAUGGAGUUGUCAAACUGGCAUAUAACGAAGAUGAUAACACCUACUAUGCAAUGAAAGUCCUUUCUAAAAAGAAGUUGAUGAGGCAAGCUGGAUUUCCACGUCGUCCCCCACCUCGAGGUGCCAAAGUUGUUCCACAAAUCUCUGCACAGCCUAAAGGGCCUUUGGAUAGUGUGUACCAAGAAAUUGCCAUUUUGAAGAAGUUGGAUCAUCCAAAUGUUGUCAAACUAGUUGAAGUGCUCGAUGACCCCAGUGAGGACCAUCUGUACAUGGUUUUUGAGCUUGUGAAACAAGGCCCAGUAAUGGAAGUUCCAACUGAAAAACCCUUGUCCGAAGAACAAGCGCGAUUCUACUUUCAAGACUUGAUUAUGGGAAUUGAAUUCUUGCACUAUCAAAAGAUCAUUCAUCGUGACAUUAAACCUUCCAAUCUCCUGGCUGGAGAAGAUGGCCAUAUCAAAAUAGCUGACUUUGGGGUUAGCAACCAGUUUGAGGGAACAGAUGCCCUUCUGACCAGCAGUGUGGGCACACCUGCAUUCAUGGCUCCUGAGACCAUUUCAGAAACCAGGAAGAAUUUUCAUGGCAAGGCUUUGGAUGUUUGGGCAAUGGGCAUCACGUUAUACUGUUUCGUUUUGGGGCAUUGCCCCUUCAUGGAUGAUCAGAUACUAAAUCUGCAUUACAAAAUUAAGAAUCAGCCUGUGGAGUUUCCUGAGCAGCCAGACCUCUCUGAAGAACUCAAGGAUCUCAUUAUUAAAAUGCUAGAUAAAAGUCCAGAAACCAGGAUUACAGUUUCACAGAUCAAGAUGCAUCCCUGGGUGACAAGACAUGGUGCUGAAGCACUUCCUACAGAGGAUGAGAAUUGUAUACUUGUUGAAGUUACUGAAGAGGAGGUUGAGAAUUCGGUCAAACAUAUUCCAAGCCUGGCAACUGUUAUUCUUGUUAAAACAAUGCUUCGAAAACGUUCUUUUGGGAACCCUUUUGAGGGGAGUAGGCGAGAGGAACGAUCUUUGUCUGCAGGAAACUUUCUUGUGAAACAAGGUAGUGGGGAUAGUCUAAAGGGCCCUGAUCUGCCAGAAGUUGGAGAAGAUGAGGUUCUGUCAUGAAGUUAAAAUGUAAUUGAAGGACAUUGUGCAUGUUCUUUGGGUUCUCCAGCAAGAAUGCAUCAGUUGCCAGAGGAUGACAGAUAUGUCAAAAGCCAGAUUAAUGCAUUAGAAGAGAACUUCCUAAGGUAUAAGUUAUCAACAGCUGUCUAAUCACAAGUUUUAAUGUCUUUUGUGGUCUUGCAUGAAAAUGCUUUGAAAUGUUUCAUUGCCUCGCACACACGCAACUUAAACAUUGGGCAUGGAAAGUCAGUUUAUGAGUACAGCUGUUCAACUGGUUUUUAACAUUUUAAAUCUUUAUACAAAAUAACCUGCUUUCUUAAGAUAUUUCUGCUGUAUUUAAUUGAGGUCGUUGUGCAUGUUCCUUUCAGAUGUUCUGGGACCCAGAAUUUAUCCUCAAAAUGGAGGAGAUGUAGGUACUUGAAAACUGAUUUUGCCAUAUUAACCAGAUGCAUAUUAUAGAAUGUUUACAAUAUUGGCUCAAUAUUCUGAUCUGCAUUUAAUUUUUUCAACUCUGUAUGUACAAGUUAAUACCAAUUUGGCAGAACUGUUACAUUUUUUAAAGAAGUACCUUACACUUUCACCUUAACAUACAUUAGUUUGCAUGGUAUUUGAGGUUAGUUUAUAUUGAUGAUGAACUCAUUAAAAUACUUCGUAAAAUGUACUGCACUGAAUAUAGUGGUGACAUUUCAAUAUUCUAAUCCAUAUUCAUAAUUGUCACAAAUAAUCAGAUUUCCUUCAGAGAUAUGCUAGACCUUUAGAUGAUCUGGAUUACAUAUUUACUGCAUUUGAUACUGUAUAUUAGUCAGUGUACAGGAUUUUAUCAUAGUACUGUUUUGUCCAGGGUUAAAUAUUGAAGGCUGCAAAGGUUUCUGUAAAAAAAAACCUCCAUUUUAUGGGUAUGGUCUCCCAUAUUGAUUUUGAUGACCAAAGCAAAACCCUUUUCAAAAAAGUUGUUGUUUGAAAAUAUGAUUUACAGUGCAAACAAAACCUCAGUAUUUUUUUAUCCAGAUGGUACUAAUAUACUGAUAUGCAACGUGCAUCAUUUAAUCAAUAGAAUGCUUUGGAAAAGGGCAAAUGCUUUCAUAAUACAGAAUCAUGAGAUUGUGUGGAAAUAGUUUUUAUUUGUAAAUGCAUGUAGAGGAAUACAAGUGAUGGUUUCUUGUGAACAGUUAUGUGAUUUUAAUGGAGUAUAUAUUACAUUUACAUGGAAACGUUAUGCUGUUAAUUAUCUCAUCAUCAAAGAAAGAGAAAUAUGAAUUUGUAAUGUAGAAAAGCCAUGAUUGCCAUCUGCUUUACUUUGGGUAAAAUCUUGCCUACUUUAAGAUGCUCCUUAAAACCUACCUCUCCUCGCAAGCUUUUAGUCAUUCAUUCUAAAAUCAUCUUUUGCUGAAUGUUUAUGUAUGACUAUUCCUGUGAAGCGCCUUAGUAUGUUUAACUGUGUCCAAGGCACUAUUAUUGUGAAUUGAUAAUGUUCACACUUUAAAAUGAAGGACAUAGUGGCCUUUUAAUCUUGUUGUACUGAUAAUUUAUCAAUGUUUAACUAAAAAUUACAAUUAUGCUAUAUUGCAAUAUUUCCGAAAUGAAUUGCCAAAUUUAAUUUGUGCAUUUAAUAAAAGUGAUUGUGCUUAAGUUUUAUACAGUGGCCAAAUAUUAUUUAUGUACCUGUGGAAAUAGUAAUUAUGCUGAAUUAUCAGUUAUACCCUCGCAAACUUAGAUGCUGCCUAAAUGUCUCUCAAACACUGUUCUGUUUCAUGGUGAGCUUUCAUCCAGUAUUUCUUCACCAAAAGCUUUCAUGUUUUAUAAUAAAUAUGUAAAUUAAGUACAAAUAUUAUCUAAUAUCUUGAAAAACGGCUAUUAUUUUGGAAGCUGGAAACACUGCAUCUGUUGAAAUAGUCAACUUUUUAUUGGAGAUCACAGUGACAUUUGAGAAAAAUGUUAAGAUGUGUAACGGAUUACAUAAUGUAAUAGAUGUUUAUAAAAAUGCUUGUUAAGUAAUUUGUGUUGAGAAUUUAUGAUUUAAAGAAGUUAAGGCAAUCAUAAAACUUUUUGUAAUCUGUAUUAAACUGUGUGAUUUCAUCAAUAAA